GGGACGCGCGAACCCAUGCGGAUGUGCCGCUAUGUAAAAUGGCGGCGUGAGAUAGGCUCGUUCAAAACACAGCGGUUUGUUUAGUUUUACCUGUGAAGGUGUUAAAGUCACGUUUGUGAAGCGGUGAUCGUCACCUGGAGCUGUCACACAGUCAGUACGGAUUCACAUUCCACAAAAGAGCAGGUGGGAUGGCGAAGAGGAUCGCUGAUAAAGAGUUAACGGACAGGAACUGGGAUCAGGAGGAGGAAGGAGAGGAGGCAGGGACGUUUUCAGUUGCAAGUGAAGAUGUGUUGAAGAACCGAGCGAUUAAAAAGGCCAAACGCCGAAAUAUUGGAACAGAGGGUGAAGGUGGAGGUGCAUUCAAAGGGUUUAAAGGGUUUUCUUUGACCACGUCGGCCACCAGCGGAGGUGCAACUCCCACCAUGUUUUCAGGUUUUGGGAACGGUGGAGGCUUCAAAGGCCUUGGCAGUCUGACCAACGGAAACAGCAUCACUCCUUCGUUCGGAGGUUUCUCAUCUCCCGCAGCAUCCACUGCUGCUCCAGGUCUGACAUUCAACGGCCCCGCCUCCGCCAAACCCACCGCUGACAUCACAGCCAAGCAGACCAAUGGCUCCACCCCGAGCCCGACUCAAAGCUCCGGCAGCAGCAACAAGGAGUACAGUCGGCAGCUCACGGCGCUCAACUGCUCCGUGCGGGACUGGAUCACCAAACACGUCAAUGACAACCCUCUGUGCGACCUCAACCCCAUCUUCAGGGAUUAUGAGCGACACCUGGCCAGCAUCGAGCGCCAGUACGGAGCCGGAUCCUCCGCUGCUCCAGCCGAUGGAGGCUCGGAGGAGAAGAAGCAGGGAGGGAAGCUGCCAACCACAGCCUCCCCUCCUCCUCCUUCAUCCACCUCCACCUCCAGCAGCAGCAGCAGCAGCUCGGCGGCUCCGGCUGCAGCUGCUUCUUUAUUCUCCUUCAGUAAAAAAAACACAGAAGACUCGUCCCUGGACAAAACCUCCAGCGCCGCUCCGAUCCCCGCUGGCGUCACGUUUAACUUUGGUCAGAAGGUGGAUAGCUCAGUCCUCGGCUCCUUAGGGUCCAAGACGACGACCCCCAGCUUCUCCUUCUCCUCCUCCUCCGGCUCCUCUUCCGGUCAGACGUCUCUGUUUGGAGCUGCUGGAUCUGCUGCUCCGCUCUCCUUCAGCGGGACGAAGGCGGAGGACGCUCGGCCUGCAGACGAGAACGGAGACGAGGAGUCGGAGGAGCCGCCCAAACCUGAGGUGAAAGAGGUGAAAGAGGAAGACGCCUUCUACUCAAAGAAGUGUAAAAUGUUCUACAAGAAGGACUCCGAGUUCAAAGAGAAAGGAGUGGGAACUCUGCACCUCAAACAAACAGCAGAGGGAAAAACUCAGAUGAUCAUUCGAGCCGACACCAACCUGGGAAACAUCCUGCUGAACAUCCUCGUGCCGUCAUCCAUGCCGUGCUCUCGGGUCGGUAAGAACAACGUGAUGGUCGUCUGCGUCCCGAACCCGUCCAUCGACGACAAGAACCCCAACAGCCCCGUCCCCCUCCUCAUCCGGGUCAAAACCGCUGAGGACGCCGACGAGCUCCACAAGACCCUGGAAGAGAAGAAAGGCUGAGCCUCCCCCUACUCCCCCACCUCACUCCUUCCUGAGCUUUUAGCAGACUUCACCCGGUCAUCCUCAGACCCUCCAGACUCACCGACCUCCCUCGUCAUCACACCGGUUUCACCCACACACACACGUAACUUCACACAUCCUGGUAAAUCAGCUGUUUAAUUGGUGGUCAUACUGUGAAAUCUUUUUGUUUUAAAUCAGAAAUAUUAGAAGCAGGUCGUCGUCGUCGCCACUCCUACAUUCCUCCGGUCCGACGCUGCUGCUGCUGACAAACAGAGCGACGUGUGUGAGAUCUGUUUCAGUUUUACUGUUUUAAUUUGGUCGCCGAGUGACUGAACGUGUGAAUCCAGAAGAAUUAUUAUUAUCAGAACGAUCAUCUAUGAUUCUGAUCCUUACCGCUGAGGUUUUUUGGGGGAAAAGCUCCAAAUAAAAGGUCCAGUCGAUUUGGUUUUACAAAUUAAACUCUUGCAGUAACAGUUAAUUUUUUUUUAAAUGAGCGUGUGUCGAGGAUUUCGAGCACAGAGUGUCUGAGUGUUUUUCUUUUUGUGCUCUGGAAACUAUUUAUUGUGUCGGCAGGAUUUGUACUCCCACUGAUUGAACCUGGUGUGAAUGUUUCCCCCUGAAGAGCUUCUGAGAACGGUGUGAAUCAGACCAGAUGUUUUAUUUUUAUUUUGUUUUGUUUUUUCUGUAAAACAUGGACUCUGUUGUUUUUCCAAGUGUCCUUUGUGUGGCCUUCGGUUCGGCCUUGGAGAUGAGGCAUGCUGUCAUCGUCUGAGAACAUUUGUAAAGGCAUUUAUUGGGGAAUAAAAGGAAACAAACCAA